GGACGUUGAAUUCGUGUUGCCGUCAAUGACUCCAUAAGCCAUGUUCCCCAGUCCCAGCACGUCCACUCCCUUCUCCGUAAAGGACAUCUUAAACCUGGAGCAGGCCCACAGCGUCCUGGCGUCUCAACUGGACGCGUGCGCCGCAUCUUCCUCUUCAUCCUCGUCCUCUUCCUCCUCAUGCAUGAUGCAGGCUCAGCUGAAGCACGAAUCUCUGCGGGACAUGGCGCUUUUUGGGGAAGAUCUCAACGAGGCCAAGGGAAGCGGCUGCAGAGGAGCUCCAGCGCUCAACUUUACCACCGCCUUUUAUGGGAAAUCUGUCCUGGACAUAGAUCUGGAGAAGGACAUGACCACGGACGGGUAUGAAGAGAAAAUCACAAAAGAGGAUUUCGGAGCAGAUUCCUCCGACGUCCUAAAGCCAGAUGAUCAGGAGCGGCCUCUAAAACCUCGGAGGCGCAGAAAACCCCGUGUGCUUUUCUCCCAGGCGCAGGUGCAUGAGCUGGAACGGCGCUUCCGCCAGCAGCGCUAUUUGUCGGCCCCAGAGAGGGACCACCUGGCAGGAGUGCUCAAGCUCACUCCGACACAAGUCAAGAUCUGGUUCCAGAACCGACGUUACAAGUGUAAGCGGCAGCGGCAGGACCAGAGCCUGGAGAUGGUGUCCCUGCCGCCGCCCAGGAGAGUCUCGGUCCCGGUACUGGUGCGCGAUGGAAAGCCGUGCCUUGCUGCGGACUCUGCGGCCUAUAAUCCCUCCUACUUUCCCUACAACAACUACCCCACUUUCACCAAUUACACGAGCCCUGGGUGCAACACGAACUACACCUGUAAUUACCCUGCAUCCAGCGCGCAAACUGUGCAGGGCUCGUCCAGCAGCAGCUACAUGAACUUCGGAGAGCUGGCUCCAGUUCAGAGCUUCUCCUCCAGCGGCGUGUCCUCUCUGCACGGCAUCAGGACGUGGUGA